CGAGCAAGAACCACGUGCGUCGAUUCUGUAGCUUGGGUUGUCAGAAGAAGAUACACAGGGAUAACACAGGGGCAGUUAUGGGUAUCAGGUUCGUCGGUAAAGCUUAUUCAGGGGACAUAUCGAGGGAAAGGGCCCUUCCCGAUUUGUUAUCUGGUGUGUCCCGGGAUUUCCCAUCUGGAUAUCGAGAGCAAGGCGUUCCUGUGCCUCGUACAUCCGUCGAGAUGGAUAUAUAAGAGUAGGGAACUCCCAAUCCGACAUUUCGAAAAUACUUCACCUUCAUGAACUCAGAUCAACAAAGAUUCCAACUUGGAGCUGUAACUACCUAGGCAUACUAUACAAAAGAACGCUCUUCAACAUACUUUCAAGAUGGCUUCACCAAUAACUUUUCUUUCCCUCUUCCUGCUCUUGCCUGCAUUCACCUCUGCCCAACGCAGCUUUGUCGCGUACAAAGAAAAGAGCUGCAGCGAGCCUCUUGAGAUUUGGACCGACGGGAUGCUUAUCGAAGACAGCAAACUUCUCAUAGACCAUUCCAUCAAAGAAAGGGGGGAUUUCGACGGUGGUCACGCCUACAACAAUAUAACAUUCCCAGCCGCGCCAGCAACCGGCGAUUUCGACCAGGAUGCGGGGACUCAGUUUGUGUAUUGGAAAGUGGAACAGCCAGACCCGACUUGUCAGUUUAUACUGAUGAGGGAUACUCCGAGGGAAUGGCAAUCUCUCAGCCAGAUGCCCGGAGAUGUGAUGUUGAGAGUAGCCGAAGAGGGCUGCUACUAUACCGCUCUGAAUCCAAACGUCGACUUGAUUACCAGCUUCUGCUGCGGCCGCGACGACUGCGCUAUUGCGGAGAUCGAAGUUCAAUAUCAGAGCCCCGUCGAGAGCGUCAGUGGCGAUGCCCCGAACUGCACAGUCAAGUCUUACGAUGCUACACCUACUGUCGAAGACGGUCAGCAAAUAGCCGUUACCAGGCCGCAGACCUGCGAGGCCCCGCCGACUUGCACGCACUCUAUAUCCCUGAGCAAGAUGGUCAGCACGGCAGUGUCGCAUUUCCAGUCGUAUUCUUGGACCACCGAGGAAGGAGUUGACGUCAAGAUAGAUACUGGCGUCGACUUUAUCGUGGAUGCCAAGGUAUCUGGGGGCAUAAGUUUCAACAUCGCGCAGGGCUGGAUGGACGAGACUGGGACAACUCUGACGCAAUCCAACAUUACGGCUUCGUCGGAGGCGGGAAGGCAGGAGGUGGGAACUAUAGCAUUCUACGCCUUCACGCCGCAGUACGACUGCUGGAAAGGCGACGUUAGCUGCGGCUACGACAACAGUGGAAACGAGGUCGUACUUGAGGGUGUUAGUUUCUGCCAGCCUCGAAUUGCGAGUACUGGCGACCCGGCUGGGCUUUUUAGGAUGGUGUAUACUUCAGGAUGAGGGAUUAGUUUCCGCCGAAUGGAUAGGGUGUCCUUUGUUUUCAUUUUCGUUAUCAGUUUCUUACCAAUUUUAACAACUUGGGGAUUUUAUGAUUUUAGAAUAGGAUAGCACAGGAUAGGGGAUA